ACACAAAAGUUGUUUGUGUUUAUGAACAGUUGAACACACCACACACCACCAAAAAUGCUGUGUGCCGCUCUGGAAUGUCAAAUCCUUCGAUGAACACAACACAGUAAAUACCGAUAAGCACCAAUUUGUAUGGUGUUUUGUGUUGCACAAAUUAUCGCGCCAUUCGAAGCAUCACAGUAUAACAUAGCACACGUAUUUUUUGUAUUGACAAACCAAAAGUUGUGCAGUAUUGUCAAACAUUCAGCUGUCUUACACACAAGAAAAAGGCACUUGAAUCCGAAGAUAAUCGCGAGAUAAAUACAAUUCGAUUGGUAGUCGAUCGUUUGCGGCUUUAGAGGGCAAAAAAACAAUUGCUGUCAUGGAUAAUACAACUGAUCCCGAGGAGAAUCAAGCCAGCGGUUCCUGGUUUCGAGGCUUUGACAAUGAGUUGCAAAGUUCGGCACAAAAUCUAGUGAAUACCACCCGUGCCGCGUACCGACCGCAUUUGGAUGACGCGGAAAAUAUUGAUCAAAAUGAAGCCCCGCCAGCCAAACGACGCCGAUUUACUCAAGUUCCGUUACCAGUUGGAAACGAAGAUCAAGGCCAGUCAUCAACGGUCAAUGAGCCAGAAAAUUAUGUUGCUGCCGUAAGUGACGCCGAAAGCGUUGCUGUUGCGAAUGAUACCGUUACAGGUGGAGAAGAGCAAAACAACACAGACAACGAAGCCGAUACUGAACCGUUGAACGAAUCAAGUGAAGCUACGCAAAAACCGAAAAUGUAUUUUGAUUGGUUGGAUGAGAAGACGUUGGUGAAAAUUUUCGAUCAAUUGAAUUUAUACGACUUGUUGCAAAUGGCCGAUGAAGACCCACGCAUCGAACAGGUUAUCGCCGAAAAGAUCAUGCCAUCACGAGUGCUCAAUAUCGGCGAAAUCAGCAAACACUAUUCGGUUCGGCACGCGUUCAAGCAUUUCGGCCGAUUUGUACCGGAGGUUGUGGUGAAACAAAGCGACAUCCAAUGGAAAGACGACAAAUUCAGUGAGAUCGAGGAGAUCGUUCGGCUCAUUGGAAAGCGUUGUGCAGACGGAAAUCUCAAGAGAUUGUCCAUAACAUUCGAUAUCAAAGACAAGAAAUCAUGUGAAUUCCGCACAGAAAUCCCCGAAUGCUUCAAGACACUCAAAUCGUUGACAAUAAUUCAAUUGUCGUAUGGUACGCGUCGCUCCGCCAACUUUGAGCAUUGCCUCGAAUCUUUGCUGGCCGGAUGCACUGGGCUGAAGUCAUUGACGCUUAGUCGAUACAGAUCAAGUGGUCAAUUUUUGAAAGCAUUGAACGACAUGAAGCUUCAGGAGUUAAGAAUUGAGAAAUGCUUCUUCACUGAAUCCAAGUUCUGGCUCGAAUUUAUACAAAAAGGGAUUCCAUCACUGAAAUCAUUCAGUUGGGACGAUUGGGGCAUUGCUGAACUGAAAAUGCGUGAGGAAGUAUUCGGUCAUAUCAGCACUGCUUUUCAAUUUCUUGAAGAAUUGUCGUUUGAUUCAGGGUCCGUUUCAAUGAAAAUGUUCAUCACGUUUGUCACGUUGCCCGUGAACCUUUUGAAGAUUCUACGCAUAAAAUGUUCAUGGUAUGACGACGACGUUCUGGUGGCACUGUCACAAAUGCCGAACCUCCAGGAACUACACAUCGAAUUCGCAUUUGCUCGUUGCCUGGGUCGCUUGUUUCACUGGAGUCGUUGGUUUUCUUCGCGCUCCGACUGGAAUAGCUUCAGCGAAAAUCGCAACACAGCCUGGAAAAAUGUCAUGCAACGUCUCACAAAGCUACAAAUCAUCAAAAUUCAAUCGAUACAAUAUCAUUUUGGCUGGGACAGUUUCAUCGAUUUGGUGACAAAUUUGCCCGACGUUCAACAAGUUGGUUUCAAAGGAACCCGGACAUUUCUGCGGAAAAACAUCGAGGAUAUUGUGUCGUGUUCACCUCAAAUACACACAUUGCACCUGGACGUUCCGAUCAAAUCAUUCAGCCCAAAAUUAUACAACACACUCGUUCGCGAUCGCAGUCGCUGGUAUCGAAAGUCGCCGGCGCUCAGCAUUCACAUGGAUGCACAAAAGGUGAGCAACCUGAAGCAAACCGUCGGUGACUACGCCACAAAAGCAAACUGCAUUUGCCUUCGUUCAUCAUCGCAAAUGUAAGUUCCGCAUCGAUAUUGAUACAGAAACAAACAUUUCAUACCGAUGCAAGGUAUGAAUACGUUUGAAUGGCUACGAAUAUCACACGAAAAUAACGAUGAUUAACGAUUUUUGAAAUGAAAAUUCAGUGAAGCGACGAUUGUUUUUUUUCAAUGAAUUUUCCUAAACCCAAGAUUAUUUAUUGUAAGGAAGAAAAAAAACAAAGGAUCUAAUUUUUUUUUUGAAAACUCCCACACUGAUAUCGGAUCAGAACAAUUAUUCGAUAAUUUUCAGAAUUGAAUAAAAACCAAUCAAACAUAAUCGUUAUAAGAGAAAGAAAAUUGUGUAAAAUUAUAAACUUUCAGUAAUUUCAUUGCUAUUUAUGAGAAAAAGAAUUUACAAUCAAAAGAAACACAUUCGAAAUGUGUUAGAAGAAAUUGACCAAAUUAAAAAUAUAGCAUUUGAAUUGGCGAUAAGAAACAAACAUAAGCAUAGACAUAUGAAAUUGUAAGGCAGUCAACAAAAUGGACAACAAACAAAAAACAAAAAAUGAUUGGAAGAAAUCGAUUUAGUUGUUGUAAGACGUAUUUAUGAAUACUUUAACAUUGGACAUUCAAUGUCCGACAUUGAAUGUUCAGCAAAUGUAAUCGAUUCACAUUUGGAAUAAAGCAACAAAAAACUUAUCAGAAA